AUGUCGCAUCUUUACAUCUGGCAGAGUGUCCCGGUAAACAAAAGCAGUCGACCUAUUCUCAUAGAAAACGAAUACAGUAUCUACGUCAAGGAUGGAGUUGGAAUCUACCAGGGCAAGCUGAAGAUCGCCAACCAUCAAAACGGCAGAGUGUAUCUCACAAACAAGAGGGUCAUUUAUAUCGACACUAUAGAUAGAAACCGUGCAAUUGCUGUGAGCUUGAAGGAUGUGGCGCGAGCAGAAUAUGUGGAACGGUUCCUUCGGUCAUCACCGAAGGUGAAGGUUUACUUGAAAGUUGAAGAUGAAUCGACCUCUGUGGCCGGCUCCAGCGCGGCAAGUCCUCAGAAUCUGCUGGCAUCUCUCCCGAUAGACAAGACUGUUGAUUGGAUCUGUGUGAUUUGCUCUUUCAACAACCAUAUUUCGACAAAAACCAACCUCGACGUCAACUUCCCAAAAUGUACAUCUUGUGGUAUUCCACCAUCCAGAAACCACAUCGAACAGGUCAUAAAGAAUGCAUACACACAGCAGGAACCUGCGGCAGAGACACAGACGUCCCAAAGCAACGACCAGUGUCCAAAAUGUACAUUCAUCAACCAUCCAUCAAUGAAGUACUGUGAAAUCUGCGGAACGGAGCUUCCGACAAUCCCACUGGCACUUUCUAGGAAAAUUCAGGACAUGGAAAAUCUCUCUACCCCCAAUUUAAGGGCAAACAACCCCUUGGGGCUAAUUCUUGAAGAUAAAGAGGAAUACACCAACGGAAGGCCGUACAUUAAAAUCAGUUUCCGAAAAGGCGGAGAACUCGGAUUCUACGAGCACAUUGUUCAGGAAAUUGAUAAGAUAAAAUGGGAAUUAUUAGAAAGUCGUGGCGGCAUUGGAGGCGAAGCCACCCGGAUCCAGAAAAAGGAGCAAGUAGUGCCAAAAGUGAAGACAGGUGGAAUCCACAGCUUAGAGCGUAUUGGCCAGCUCCAAAGAAAGCAGAAUGAGAUCAUUCUCACGCAAUCCCUCGAGGAUCUCGAGCAAUUGAUGUUUAAGGCCCAGGAUUUAAUCAAGCUAUCCUCCAGUUUUGGUUCACUCGUCAAGCGCAGAAAGAAUACUCCCUCGGCCACCAUCCCACCGUUGGUGAUCAGCAGAAACUCCAGUUUGUUUCAUCAGGAGCUUGCUCGUCAUAUCAGCGAGUAUUUGCUCAACUCUGAGCUCACGAAAAUAACCUCCAUGAUCAGCAUUCCUGAUCUUUUUGCCUCAUACAACCGGUUCAGAAUUCUCAACCAAGGAUUUGGAACCGAGCUCAUCUCCACACAAGAGCUCAAUAAAAGUCUCGAGUUACUCGACAAGCUCGAACUUCCUAUUAAGAUGACAACGUUCCAAUCUGGCUUACAGGUUGUCACGCAGCGGUCACACGAGCUGCAAGACCUUCAUGUGAAGAUUAUGGAGCAUUUAAUAGAAGAGGAAAACAACUUCAAAUACCAAAAAUAUCUUUGCCAGUUUCUUGCUGACAGCGAUGACUACACCAGAGACAAGUACAAGGUAUUCCACGGCAACACCAUUGCCGAAAUAGCCGAACACUUUGGCUGGUCCCACAGCGUAUGCAUCGAAGAGAUGACUCGGUGUAUGGAGGAGCAGUUGGUUGUUUUCGAUAAGCACAUUCUGGGCACCUUCUUCUUUGUCAACCAAUUCGACGCCAAGUUAGCAGCCAAACUACGUGAUGAAGAAGAGAUCCGGUCGUCCGCCGAGAAGGACGCAUUGGAACAGCAGAAGAGUAUUUCCACAUCGUUGAAAACACGAUUUGAUGCCGAACAAAACCUUAUUGCUGUGCAGAGCCAUCAAUUCGGGGCGUUGCAGCCAUCAGUGGAUAUGAUUGACUCAACUGUACAAACCCCGCCCAGUGAUACUUUGGGCCAGCUUGCAGGAUUAAAGUUUACUUAG